UUGCGCGGCGCGACCAGAUUCGGGGCGGGCCGCGCGGAGCCUUAUUUCCCCGAACGCCGGCGCUCGGUGGCAGUGGUCGCGGCUGUUGGCCCACCGAGUGCUGGGCAUAAGCUCCCCCGGCCCCCGGUGGGGGGCAGCUUGUGUGCCGGUCGCGGCGGGAGAGAGGCGCGGUAGGAACGAGUCCCCAGAGCCGUGAACCGCGGGUACGGGUGUCCAGUCCGCGCUGUCGGCCAAGCCGGUUUGCUUCCUGAUCUGUGGCUAGGGCCCUGGGACCCCGUUGCUAAGGACCCUUGAGAUCGUGAGCACUUGGAGUGUGCCCCUCCUUUCCUGGGGUAGAGGGUCUGUCGAGAGUAUCCUUCGUUAACCUUAAUUAAAACUGGAGUGAAAGGGAAGCAAUGCAGAAAUCGGAGGGCUCUGGAGGUACACAGUUGAAAAACAGAGCAAGAGGUGACUAUGAUCAGAGGACAUCAUCAAGCACACAGAUAAAACACAGGGAUGCAGUUCAAGGAAGCAAAUCCUCAUUGUCAACCAUUUCUCCAGAGUCUGCAAGAAAACUUCAUCCUCGACCAAGUGAUAAACUGAACCCUAAAACAAUUAACCCGUUUGGUGAACAGUCACGAGCGCCUUCUGCAUUUGCAGCUAUUUACUCUAAAGGAGGUAUUCCUUGCAGAUUGGUACAUGGUUCAGUAAAACACAGAUUACAGUGGGAAUGUCCUCCUGAAAGUCUUUCAUUUGAUCCACUUCUUAUUACUUUAGCCGAGGGUCUGAGAGAAACCAAGCAUCCAUACACCUUUGUGUCAAAGGAGGGUUUUAGAGAAUUACUUUUGGUCAGAGGUGCUUCUGAAAAAGCUGUUCCUUUGCUACCUAGACUGAUUCCUGUGCUAAAGACAGCUCUGGUCCAUUCGGAUGAUGAAGUGUUUGAAAGAGGAUUGAAUGCCCUAGUUCAGCUAAGUGUUGUUGUUGGUCCUUCUCUAAACGACCAUCUGAAGCAUCUGCUUACAAGCCUUUCCAAGAGAUUAAUGGACAAGAAAUUCAAAGAGCCAAUCACCAGUGCAUUACAAAAGCUAGAGCAACGUGGCGGAAGUGGAAGCCUUAGCAUCAUCAAAUCUAAAAUUCCAACGUACUGCUCCAUAUGCUGUUGAAGAAGGGAGCCAACAAAAAUUGUUUUUACUACCUGGUGACGUGUCAAACACUGACUGUGGGUACUCAUGGAAUCUUUAUUCCAUGUAUUUUAUUCUUUUGUAAAUCACAGCCACCCUUCAUUAUUUACUAGGUUAAAAUGAAUAUACACUGAAUCAAAGUUAUUCAGCAACAAAAAAGAACAGUUACUAAUGGAAAGUUACUAAAAUAAGUUCUGUAAGAGUACAAUUUUCUGAGGUUUUUUUUUUUAAUUUUUAUUAUUUGUGCAAAGAACCAUUAUUGAGUUGGCAAGAUAAGAUGCAUUUGUAUUUUCUGGUGCCUUUUUAUUUAUAACAGUUUUUUGGCAAACAAUUUGUAGCUGUGCCCUGAUUUUUAUAGAUAGUUUGCCGUUUCUUGGGUUUAAUAUUUAACAAGACUGUAGAAAUUUAAAAUAGUGGACAAAUGUUUGUGAAUACACUUUUUAAAAAUUGUUUUAAAAGAGAGAAGGGAUCUUGCUUUGUUGCCAGACUGCAGUGCAGUGGCAUGAUCGUAGCUCACUGCAAGCCUCAAAUUUUAGUGCACAGAUGAUCCUUUCAUCUUAGCUUCCCGAUUAGCUGGGACUACAUGGUGGCACAUGCCACCAUGCCUGGCUAAUUUUAAAAUUUGCUUGUAGAGAUGGGAUCUCACUCUGUUGUCCAGGCUGGUCUCAGUUCUGGCCAGUGAUCCUCCCACAAUGAACUUCCAAAGUGCUGGGAUUACAAGUGUGAGCCACCAUGCCUGGCCCCAUGAAUACACUAUUAAUUAUUGUUUGUAAAUAUGUAUUGUAUAAUGUACAAUGCUUGGAAAAUUUUUUCAGAGUAUUCUAGAAUAGUUUAAGAAAUUUUUUCUAAUUCUGUAAAUUCUAUUACAAGUAUGUUGUUUAUCACAACUCAUUACAACUACCUAAAUUUUAGGUGUUAACUCUAUUUAAGUAAAUACUAUUUUUGCAUUUCAUAGCCAGAAAAUACUGAUGUUCAUGUAAGGAUAUUCAGCAAUUAAAAUGUUAAAACUUGUACAUGCA